AUGCGGCGGCGUUACCUUCCUAUACUACUUGCGCUGCGCUCGACGGAUGCGCUUUCUCUAGCGAACUUUCAGCAAAUAACCGCAAUACUAUUACCGAGUGCAUGUUUAUCGGCAUACAACGCCCAGAUACUGUCCUGCACGCAAACAGAUUUUGAGCAACAAUGCUCACUGUCAUGUCAAUUGGGAUUAAACCAAGUGGCGAAGAAUGUACAAAGCGGUUGUGCAAACGUUAUUGUAAAUUCAAAUGCUUUACUGGGUAUUGUCAUAGAUGGCGGCAUUAUACCAGCUUUAUGUCCUGCGGUGGAAAGGGCGACUACAACGACGAUAGCGAAAACUACUACGCCUGUGGCAGCGAGUUCUGCGGAGGUUUCGGUGACAAUCCCUACUGGAAGCCCUGGAGUGACAGGAGGAGGGGGAAGGACAUCCAGCGCAGCGACUUCACAAGUGCAAGUCACCAUCCCUACGACUCGCUCAAGUACAGCCGAAGCAAGAACCUCCACACCGGAAGUCAGCAGCACACCGGAAGUUAGUAGCACAUUGCAAGUCAGUAGCACCCCAGAAACUAGCAGCACAGCGGAGUCAACAACUGCAGUGUCAUCCGUGAUAUCAACACCUCCAACUUCGACCCAGGUGGUAUCAGUAGCCACAACGACCACUCCAAUACUCAUUACAGCGACAUCCAAACAGGGAACAGUAGCGUCAACUUCCGAGACCGAUGCUGCCGCCUCAACAAAAGCCGCACCGAAAAAUGAUGGGGGAGGCGGCGGAAGUCCUUUCGACAUAUCGAGCAACAGCGCAAACGGAGUGGGGUGUUCGAUACUUGGUGUAUUGGGCGCCGUUGCGUGGGCUGGUGUCUUGCUGGUAUGGUGA